UAAUUGCAAAAAAAAAAUUCAAAAUUAGGAUUGUCACCAAAUUCCUGCAUACACUCCACUCCAAAAAAUUGGUCGAAAAAACAGUGGUUGCUUUUUGAACCACUAAUAAUUACUAGAUGAGUAAGCAUUUGGUCAAUAAUCAGCUACUAAUAACAGUGCCACUUCAAUAGGUUUACAAUAAAUUACCAAUAUGUUUAGAAGAGGACUUAUCAACGCCAUCAGGGUCCAACCCCAGCCUCUCGUCCGUUCCAAUAUUGCCGUGAGAUAUAUAUCAACUGAUAUCAAAAAUGCCAUAGAUCAAGCUGUUUCAUCAACACCAGUGGUUUUAUUCAUGAAAGGUACCCCUGAAUUCCCUCAAUGUGGAUUUUCAAGAGCCACUAUUCAAACUUUGGGACAACAAGGGGUUGAUCCAAGUAAAUUCGCUGCUUAUAAUGUUUUGGAAGAUCCUGAGUUAAGAGAUGGAAUUAAAGAAUAUAGUAAUUGGCCUACUAUUCCUCAAUUAUACGUUAAUAAAGAAUUUGUGGGAGGAUGUGAUAUCAUUAUGAAUAUGGCUAAGAGUGGAGAAUUAGCUGAAUUAUUGGAAAGUAAUGAUGUAUUGAUUCCUGAAGAAUUAGACGAAGAAGCUACAUCUGCUACUGAUAUUAAACCUAGUGAUAGAUCAUAAAUUAUUCUGUAUAUAGUAAAGUAAUAAAUAAGUAUGUUUUAUGAGAGAUUUUUUU